AGAACCAAAUAUGAUAGAGACUAAACUUUAGUCCCUAGACUAAGGCUCUGUUUGGUUUGGGAUGACUAAAGUUUAGUCACUUUUAGUCACUAAAGAAGCAGAUAUGGUGACUAAAGUGAAGUGAAUAAACUUUAGUUCUUUAGUCACCAAAGGAGUGACUAAAAGACUAAAGUAGUAUUUUUAUCUUAUUUGCCCUCCGCACUUUCUUCUAGGGGUAAAACAAUCAUUAUUCACAACAAUUAAUGCUCCUUAGUCCGAUUUAGUCACGGGAACCAAACAUAUUUUAGCGACUAAACUUUAGUCACUAAAAUUUAUUCUAAUGACUAAAGAAACCAAACAGGGCCUAAAGAAAAUAAACAAGACCAUAGUUUAAAAUAGAAAAUUAGAUAUAGGAUAAAGAUAGUGCUACACGUCUGACGUUCACGUGUGGUCUUGGUCUUCGGUUGGGGUUGGCAUUAAUGGCUUCUUCAAGCUACUCCUUACAUACAUUUCCUUUUUCUAGUUCCGAUGGACGCGCCUGAUAAGGGGAACAAUCAUCUAGAAAAUAUCCCUGGCUAGUAAGAUAUUUAGGAAAAUGUUUCUCGCUAAUUUAGUUCUUCUCGCAAUAUAGUACCUUGUAUGAUUGGUUCGAUUUCUUUUUAAUCUGAAACUAACUUUAAAAUGGCAAAUAUUUGUAUUCCAAUACCAAAAAACUAGUAAUUCCCAUGAGAUUAUUUUGUAUGUUGCAAUCGGGAAAAAUAGUUUUGGUUCUGGUAAAAAAAUAGCAAGAUGUACUCGUAUGAAGAAUUUUAAAAGUUAGAUUUUGUUGUGUAGAAAAAACUCGUAAUACUGGUUUUUGUUCCGUGUCACUUUUAAGUUAAUUUUAGAUUAUAAAUAAAAAUAAAUUGGACCAACUAUACAAGGUGCUACAAGACAAGCAGAAUUGCAUUGGCGAGAGGCGAUUACUAGAUGUAUUAGAGGGUGUUUGAUUUUCAUGUUACCAAAUAUGUAAAUUAAAAUAUAGUUUUAGUUUCCGUAUUUAAUAAUUUAGCGGCUAGAAUGCUAGAAAUUGGUCCCUAUAACCAAACACCCCCUUACUAUCGAGGGACGUUUUCUAGAUAAUCAAGUUAUUGGGUGCUAUUUAGGUUUCCUAAAGUGUCACAUAAGCAUGAAAUUGAUGAAACUUGCGUUAACAAAAAUGGAAGGUACAUGAGCUAGCCGAGACGAGGCCCGAAAGAGAGCGCCAUUUUCAAUCGGCGAACCAGUCUUAGAGGUAACUCUAGUUGUUAUCUAAAAGAUUUCCUAAAUCAAUAAUUUAGAUAGCUAAUAUAAAACUUAUCUACAACAGUUCUCUAAAUAAAUUUUCUAAAUUUAACAACUUCUCAUCUAACCUUAUUUUCUCUCUGCAUUUGGUAAUAAUUUAGCAACUCUCUGAACCAAAAUGUUGGCUCCAUUACAUUGAUAAUGAAGAUAAUUAAUACAUUUCUGACUUAUUUUUUAUGUGGAUAGAUACAAAACAAAACUAAACCUAUAUUUAGAGAAUUAUUGGAAAACUCAUAAUUUUUAUUUCUAAAGUUAUUUAGCAACUUAUUAAAUCUAUGAUUUAGACAACUAAAAUUUAGAUAACUAUUAAAGUUCUCAGCUCAACCCCCGCAGAUGUUUUUAAUUCGAUUUUUAUUCGAACCAAGCCCCAUCUCUCUCGUCUUCCACCUCCUGCGUCCUGCCUUCCCCACCCCCACCGCACAGCGCCCGGCCGGCCCCAACCAGACAGCUCCGUUUCCCCUCCCCGUCCUCCCUCCACCUCGACCGCGCACCAAACCCGAAAGCGCAGCCACAUCCCCUCCUCCAGCCAGCGCGGCCGCAUCCCUCCUCCAGCCAGCGCACUUCGCAUCUGCUCCGCGUCACCCCGAGCGGCGGCGCCUGCCCCCACCGGGCAGUGUGUACGGCCGCCUCGUGUUAGGGACUGGCGGGGCGCGAGAUCCGGGCUGCAAGGGCGGGCAGGGGGUCCCGUUGGUGGCGCCGCGGUGUCGCCGUGAUCUGCGAUGAGAUUGGGCCCGGCGGCGCGGUACUCGCUGCGGAGGUAGACGGCCAUGGCGACCAACACCAAGCGCGCCUACAAGCUCCAGGAGUUUGUGGCGCAUGCGUCCAAUGUGAACUGCCUCAAGAUUGGGAGGAAGACCUCACGGGUUCUUGUCACCGGAGGAGAGGAUCAUAAGGUCAAUCUUUGGGCUAUUGGGAAGCCCAAUUCAAUUCUGAGUUUAUCAGGGCACACAAGUGCUGUGGAGUCGGUUGGUUUUGAUUCCACCGAAGUUUUUGUGGCUGCAGGAGCAGCCAGUGGAACAAUAAAACUAUGGGAUUUGGAGGAGGCAAAGAUUGUCCGUACUCUUACUGGACAUAGAUCAAAUUGUAUGUCAGUUGAUUUCCAUCCUUUUGGGGAAUUCUUUGCCUCUGGGUCAUUGGACACUAAUCUGAAGAUAUGGGAUAUAAGAAGGAAGAAUUGCAUCCAUACAUACAAAGGUCACACACGAGGAGUGAAUGCUAUUAGAUUCACACCCGAUGGGCGGUGGGUUGUGUCUGGUGGCGAAGAUAAUAUAGUAAAGCUCUGGGAUCUUACAGCUGGAAAGUUAUUACAUGAAUUCAAGUGUCAUGAGGGUCAGAUCCAGUGCAUAGAUUUUCAUCCCCAUGAGUUCCUCCUGGCAACAGGUUCAGCUGAUAAAACUGUCAAGUUCUGGGAUUUGGAGACAUUUGAGUUGAUUGGAUCUACAGGACCUGAGACGACAGGUGUUCGGUCCAUGACAUUCAAUCCUGACGGAAGAACUCUGUUAUGUGGGUUGCACGAAAGCUUAAAGGUUUUCUCCUGGGAGCCAAUAAGAUGCCAUGAUACUGUCGAUGUGGGAUGGUCUAGACUUGCUGAUUUGAAUGUCCACGAGGGAAAACUUCUUGGUUGUUCUUUCAAUCAAAGUUGUGUUGGAAUAUGGGUUGUUGAUCUGACGCGUCUUGAGUCAUAUGCAACGGGUACUUCAACAAAAUUAAAUGGCCAUUCUGAAUUGAAGACUGUGUCUAGUGGCACUAUGCCUUUACAAAAUGAUAGUGGUUCAAGGGCUAACAUAGGGCAAUCAUCAGUCUUGCAAAGUUCAGAGAAUAACUUAAAAGCUUCCUCAGGAAGACUGUCGGUUUCUCAGAACUCAGAUUCUGCUCCCAAAGAGACUAAAUCAACACCCUCUAGCGGGUUGGUCCCAAGCACACCACAAAGGGCUGGAUUUAGCUCCAAUAAUAGAUCUGUUGGAAAUUCAACUUUUCAAUCUGGUGGUACCACUACCACCUUGAAGAGAAGUUCGUUGCGGAGUAACAGUGCCUCUAAUGUUCACAAUUUCAGUAAAGCUGAUAUAGUGCCUGUCAUUGUUCCCAGAGCUAGCUCAGGAGGGGAGUUGGUUACGGGUUCUAGAAGUGAUGCUGGUGAUGUGGCACCUGUUCUCCCUAAGGUAACCAGAAGGGCUGAUCCUUCUAGUGAUUCUAGAAAAGAAAGUAAUGAUGUGGAACCUGUUAUUCCUAGAGCAAGCUCAACAAUGGAAAUAGCCUCUGAUUCAGCACCCAUUUCUACUUCCAAGUCAGGCAGAAGGUUGGAGGCUGCCCCUGAUUCAAAAAAAGAAAGUGCUGAUACAGCACCUGCUGUUCCCAAUCCCAGGGCAAAUGCAAGAAUGGAGAUGGCCUCUGAUUCUGCACCUGCUCUUUUAAAGACAAACAAAAAGCUAGAUUCUGGUACUGAUUCAAAGAAAGAAAGUGCUGAUGCAGUACCUGUUAUUCUGAUUUCUGAUUCAAGGAGAGAACCCUCUGCUGGAAGAGUAUCACCAUUCAGAAUCCAGUCAAGAUAUGCUGAGCUGCGGAAGCUAGCCCAUGCCAAAAUUGACAGAGGAAGUAAAACUACUGGAACAGAUGACUUCAAUUGCCAAAUAUUUCUUCCCCGUAAAAAUGGUGUUUUUCAAACAAUAAGUUCUGAAGAAACCCGUAAAGAUGUAAAAUGUGGUCCAGUUGACAGGACGGAAUUUUCAAAUUCAUCAGAACCAAAUGCAAGUGUCCGCAGUGAGAAUUAUGUUUCUAGAAUGCGCAAACCACGAGAUAACUGCUAUAUUGAAGUUUCAAGAAAAGGGAGAGCAAGGUCAAGUGUCUGUAAUUGGGAAGGGCGGGACCAGUCCCCUAGUCACGAAGAACCGAUGACAGCCAGUUCUUCGCUGGCUCCUACAGGCCGUCCAAAUUCAUCUAGAGGAAGCAGUCAAGCUUCUGAAACUCCAAUCAUAGCUAAUGAUGAAGAUGUUAUAUCUCUUUUCAUGGAACAACAUGAGUUAUUUCUAAGCUCGACAAAGUCUCGGCUGACAAAAUUGCAGAUCAUUCAUCAAAUGUGGGAAAGAAAUGACAUCAGGGGUGUACUCUCUGCGAUGGAAAGGAUGGGUGAUCAUGCUGUCUGUGCUGAUAUGGCUAGCGUUCUGAUGGAAAAAAGUGAUGUAAUCACACUUGAUUUAUGUACCUCUAUCCUACCUGCCGCCACUGAUCUUCUGGAGAGUAAAAUUGACAGACACUUAGGCGUCGCAUUGGAAUUGUUGGUGAAGCUUGUAAGGACUUUUGGUCCAAUGAUCCAUUCAACAGUAUCAUCAGGUCCUUGUGUUGGUGUAGACCUUGAGGCAGAGCAAAGGAGGGAGCGCUGCAAUUUAUGCUUCAUUGAAUUGGAGAAUGCCAAAAAUAAGCUUCCAUCUCUUACAAGAAGAAAAGGGGCAGUUGCAAAUGCUGCACAAGAGCUUGCGCUCGUCUUCCAGGAAAUCAUGAGCUGACUGACGACAUACUAGACACACAGAAUUAGAUGGGACGUUCUUCCCUCUGCUGGCACCGAGAUUGGAUAUCAGCUGCCCAUGGAGCGCUAAGAGCUACUCAGUCUUAGCGCCGUCAUCAAGCUCCAAGGCCACAGCAGCGGUGAAGGGCAUUUUGCUGCUGCUAUUCCCGCAGUCUGUACACAUGCUAACACAUAAUCCGUGUCAUUUGUGAAGAGAAGCUGCUGCCAUGGACAAUGGACUUCAGCCACAAUAUUAUGUGGAUGUCGUUUCAUGGGCUGCCGGCGAUGCUACAGGUCCCGAUCGAAUGAUGAUCAGCAGAUGGGAACUCGUAGUUCCUUGCUGUCUGCAGCACCUUUCUCAUGUACCGUUAGCAUGUGCGUGUUUGUGGUUGGGUUGGGUUGUUUGGCCGAUUUACUGAUCAUUGGCGAAUGAAGUGAGCCAUGUACAUCAUUUUGAAGAAUUAAUAUCUUUUCUUCUUCUGAGUACCUCCCUUUGUCAUGCACUGCAUUGAGUGAAAAUGAUAUCAUGUGGUGUUGCCUUGAA